AUGACAGAAAAGGCAAUGGAGCAGGUUGCAAACAAAGACUUCGCUCGGACCACGGCCACGGAUACGGUAUCCACUAGUGAUAGCGAUGUCAACCACCAACUUCAUUUUGCCCGGCGAGGUGAGGAGGCUGUCGAAGCCUCGUCGAGUCAGGAAAGUAUUGAGGGCUACGAUGCGGAGCUCAUGAGUGGUAGGACGCUGCUCACGGCGGAAGAGGAAAAGAAACUACUACGAAAAAUUGACUGGCGGUUGAUGACGCUUUGUUCUCUUAUUUUCAUGUUCAAGAACUUGGACAGUAGUAAUGUGUCGAAUGCUCGAAUCAUGAACAAGGGAACGGAUCAAAAUAUCAUGACACAGCUGGGAAUCACGUCCAAUGAGUAUAAUCUGGUGACUGUACUUUACUAUAAUGGCUCAGAUCCCAUAUAUUGUGUUGGAAGCGCCGUCGAACUUGCUGCUGAAAAGAUUCUCGCCUUCAAAAUGGCAGUCAAGGAUCAUGCCCGCUUUUUGCUGGGGUUGGCAGAAGCUGGACAAUUCCCGGGUGUGAUUCUUCAAAUGACAUACUGGUAUCGUCCUGAUGAGAUGUCCUUGCGCUUGCUCUACUUUUAUAUUUGCGGAAACGUCUCGAGCAUUUUCGGUGGUCUUCUUGCCUACGGAUUCGACACUGUAUCUGGCGCAGGAGGGCUUUCAGGUUGGCAAUGGCUGUUCCUCACAGAAGGAAUCGCGACCGUAAUUUUUGGUGUUGCGAUCUGGUUUUUGCUUCCAGACUUUCCUGAAACAGCAAAAUGGUUGACCGACAAAGAGAAAAAGUUCAUCCAAGCGCGACUCCCUUCCAACUCACCUCGUGCUAGCGAGAAAAACUUCAAAUUCCGAGAAGUAAUCGACUCGCUCAAGGAUAUCCGACUGUGGCUUUUUACAUUGAUCUGGGCAACCUUUACUGUCGGAACGAACGGCGUUACUUUUUACCAGUCGACAGUCAUUGCCGACCUCGGUUUCACGAGCAUUGCUGCAGCCCAACUACUCAACAUCCCAAUCACAGUCUGCGGUCUCCUAUUCAUCGCCGUGACAGGAAUCAUGGCAGAUCGCAGUCGUAUACCCCGCCCUCUAUACCCUCUUACAUUCCUUUUCAUCAUCAUAAUCUGCUACGGUGUCUUUGUCGCAUACCCAAGCACAGGCGCAGUGUACGCAGUGAUUCUUAUCGGGAACGCCUUGACUGCGGGUUGGUAUCCAGUAAUGUGGCCAUGGCGAGUCCAAACCACUUCUCGAUCCACCGGAUCAGCCUUCUCAAUCGGCUUUGUGAACAGCUACGGUCAAAUCGGCGGUGCGAUCGGCCCGCAACUGUUUAAUAGCAAGUACGCCCCACACUAUACUGUGCCCUUUUCGGUGGCUAUGGGACUUGUGGGUCUUUGUGCAAUUUUGACGUUGGUGACGUGGUGGGUGACUUGGGAUACGGAGCGGGAUACAAGGAGACUGAAAUUGGCCAAAAUCGCGGCGGAACGAAGGGGUGAGACGCUCUUGGAGGAUCUUGUGGAUCGCGAUUUGAAGAAUCGCUGA